GCACGGAGGCCGAGGAGAGCCGGUGCCGCCGCCCGCUCGUCGUCGCCGCCGCCGCCGCCCGCUCGUCGCCGCCGCCCAUGGCGAGGCCCCGCCGCCGCCGCCGCUGCUAACCCGGCGGCCGGCCGCGGCUUCCGCCCCCUCCCGCGGCGGCGGCGGGCGGGCCUCCCUCCACGCCCCCGCGCCCCGCACGGGGGACCGGGAAGAAGGCGAAAGCAGCAGGAAUCGGGGGGCAGCCGAAGAUGGGGAACACUACCUCGUGCUGCGUGUCGUCCAGCCCCAAGCUCCGGAGGAAUGCCCACUCCCGGCUGGAGUCCUAUCGGCCCGACACGGACCUGAGCCGUGAGGACACGGGCUGCAACCUGCAGCACAUCAGCGACCGGGAGAACAUCGACGAUUUGAACAUGGAAUUCAAUCCUUCAGAUCAUCCUCGGGCCAGCACAAUAUUCCUCAGUAAAUCUCAGACAGACGUGAGAGAAAAACGCAAGAGUCUCUUCAUUAACCAUCAUCCUCCUGGACAAAUUACAAGGAAAUACAGCUCCUGCUCUACUAUUUUCCUAGAUGAUAGCACAGUCAGUCAACCAAACCUCAAGUAUACAAUUAAAUGUGUAGCUCUUGCAAUAUAUUACCACAUCAAAAACAGGGACCCAGAUGGAAGGAUGCUCUUAGAUAUUUUUGAUGAAAACCUUCAUCCUCUUUCGAAAUCCGAAGUGCCACCAGAUUAUGACAAACAUAACCCAGAGCAGAAACAGAUAUACCGGUUUGUUCGAACACUGUUUAGUGCUGCUCAGCUGACGGCCGAAUGUGCCAUUGUCACCCUGGUAUACCUUGAAAGACUUUUAACGUAUGCAGAAAUAGAUAUCUGUCCGGCCAACUGGAAGCGAAUUGUUCUAGGGGCGAUCCUUCUGGCCUCCAAGGUGUGGGAUGACCAGGCCGUGUGGAAUGUGGAUUACUGCCAGAUCCUGAAAGACAUCACGGUGGAGGACAUGAAUGAGCUAGAGCGACAGUUUCUUGAAUUGCUCCAGUUCAACAUCAACGUCCCUUCCAGUGUAUACGCCAAGUAUUAUUUUGAUCUUCGUUCUUUGGCAGAAGCAAAUAACCUGAGCUUUCCUUUGGAGCCACUGAGCAGGGAAAGGGCCCACAAGCUUGAGGCUAUUUCUCGCCUCUGCGAGGACAAGUACAAGGACCUGAGAAGAUCCACGAGGAAGCGGUCAGCAAGUGCUGACAAUCUGAAUCUGGCGAGGUGGUCCCCAGCCAUCAUCUCCUAACCAUGGAUGUCCCCACUGGAGGCCGCACCAUCCCUCAGUUUCUCCUUUAGUUUGAGAAAAAACUAACUUGGGGUGGUUUUGUUUUUGUUUUUCCCUUUCCUUUUCUUUUUUAACUCACAGCUCCAUCAGGCUGCCUUUAUGACCUCCUCCACGCUGCGUGAACUGCACGCAGCAAGGCUUUGAGGAAGCAAGAUCAGUAUUGUGGAAAUCCUGUUUCAUGCCUUUCCCCAUCAUCAACAGCACUUCCUUCGUGGAGGAAACAGACUCUAAUCCUGGAGGAGGAAAUAAAGGGAAAGGGAAGUCGUGUGGAGGCAGGGAAAAUGGUUGAACGCCUUGGCCAUUUCUUAAGUCCCCCAUCUGGUCAGUAGAUGAAUAUGACAAAAAAAAAAAACAACAACAACAACAAAAAACCACACAGUAGAUAGCAGAGUUGGAUGUGCAUUAAAGACGGGAGUGCCACGUUUAUCACCCCCAUUUGGAUCAGUAUGUUGUGUAAGACUUCUUCCAUUCCUUCUUGCUGCUUUUUUGGGAUUUGGGGGAUUUUCAUUCGUUUGUUUUUAUUCCGUUUUCAUUUUGGUCCCACAGAGCAGAGAAUAUAGUUUGUACCCACCAUGGCACAGACAUCCAAAUAAAUAGUACCAGUUUGUUUCUCUCUGCACUACUCUGCGAGCUGUCUUCUGAGCUUUCUUCCUCACAAGUGGGCUGUGCUCGUUAUAUUUCUGUACAUCUUGAUUUUAUACAGUUUUUCUUCAACCAUGGCAAAGUUAACUUGACUGUAGUGCUGAACCAAAAGUAUCCCUUGCCCUUUUUACCCCUCACCCCAAGAAAAUUUUAGAUCAUAUGGGUGCUUGUGCCUUCCAAUUAUCUUGCAGUUGCUGUUUUUCCCCCUCUGGCCGGAAGUUUUAGUUACAAAAAUCAGUCAGACUUUGUGGACUGAAGGAAACAAUGUGCAGCCAAGGGCAUCCUCUGGUUGAGAACUUUCCCAGGGAGCUCAUUGUUUGCCCAAGUCAUUGUGUAGGAGCCAUUUCUUUGUACUCCCUGCCUAGUUCAUUCUUCUACUUCCAUGUCCAUUGUUGCAAGCAAUAUUAUUCUCAAUUUUUAUAUGUUUACUUUAAAUCAAAGUUAGUCUAUUUGUAUAAAAUUUUUUAAAAAUCUAAAAUUAAAAAAAAUGGGGUGGGUGGGGUAUUCCAGUGGGCGGACCAUCAAAGGGAAAAUGUUACUAUUUACUGAGGUAUUUUUCACAGAAUGAUGAAUAAAACAACUCAACUUGCAUUUUCAUUGUGGGUGCUUAGAGAAGUUAUACAAAAUUCAAACUGUGAAGGCUUAUGCUUCAUUAAUUAUGACCGAACUUUGUCAUUUUCUGACUAUCCCUGAUUUCCUUAUGGGCUAGAUAAGAAUCUUUUAUAUCAAAUAAAGUAAAAAGGUUAAAGAUAGAGUAUCAAAUAGUAAAUUUGAUAUGAAGCCUGAGAAUCUGAGUCAUUUACACUUUGGAUUUUGCUUAUUUUAUUAGGUAACAGUGACUGAGGUUUCUGAGCUUUUUCCUUUUUCAAGUCUCUGAGGCAAAUGGCAGCAGUUGGUCUGUUUCACCUCCCUUCUAUGUGAGCUUGGAAAACUUUGGACUCUUACGUUAGUCUUAAGAACCUUAAAAUUGUACCCCCAAUCUCCAACAAUCUCUACUCUUAAUGAAACAAGUUUGGAAAUGGAGGGGACUCAGAAAGUCAAGAACACCCAGCCAAAGUGCUAGUCAGGUUUCAAUGGAGUAUGUGUUAUGUAUGAUCAUAAUUGUUCAGGCCAGAAUAAUGAUCAGGUUCUUCCUGGACUGAACUUUCAGACAAGCAGAAAAUGAAGAGUUAAAUACCUUCCCAUGUAAUUGUGUUGACUUAUUCUGAAUGAGUACCAAAAUCACCUUCUCUCUUCAAGUAAGAGUUGAAUUUAGAACUUUAAACAGAAGUCUAAAAAUGUAGAAAGUAUCGUUUUAUAUUCCCUAAUCUCUAUAUAGCUUCAAAAGGGACAUAUUUUCUUAGCUGAAUAUGAAUACCUCUUAGACAUAAAUUUGUUCCUCUCAUGUAAAAUAUCUUAUUUUACUGAUCCAUUUCAGGAAAGAGGUUCUGCUGACUUUAUAGCAGAAAUCUUAUUUUUAUCCCUUUUAUUUGAAUGAGAGAUUUGAAAAUUGAACUAUGUAAAUAUUUCAAUGCAUCUACUAUAAUUUUGUGGAGUUUAUUAAACUACUUUAAAAAAUUGUAUAGUCUAUUUAUUGUAUGUAUGUACAUACAGUCUGAUACCUGAAACUUAAAGUGGAUUCCGUAAAACCUGGCUCAGUCUUGUUUAGACUAUUGAAUAUUGUUUUAGCCUUGUGCACUGGACUCUACCUCUGUAUAGGAAAUUUUUCCAUAUUCAUUAAUUGGUAUUGGUCUGUAUUAACUGGUUAUGUUUCUUGCACUAAGGACUUUAAAAACUUUGCUGUAAGUGUAGCUUUUAGUUUUACCUUUGCAGUAUGAUCACUUGACACAUCGGUAGAUAACUUAGAUUUGGUUUUAUUUUUCUACAUGAUGAUGAAGACAUAAAAUUUGUUUUCUGGUUUGUUCCAAGUUUGCCAAAAGAUAAAAACAACAAAACCAAACCCAAAAUCAGUAUAGUACCUAUUGGUAAAUUUUAGGGACUGUAAUUUGUUUGCAGGGUGAUUCAAUACCCUACAGUUUAAACCAGAUGAUACUUAAGAAUAUAAUGUCUUAAUGUAAUAUUUGAAUGGAGAGAUUUUUGUCAUUAAUGAAGGGUGAAGAAAACCACACAUUUAUUUGACUCUAAUUUUAGAUUUGACUUAAACAACAAAGUCAUUGGGACAAUAAAUAUACAUCCCAAAGAAUUUUGUUUUACUUUUCUUUAACUGGGGAAGGAAAGGAAGUCAGGGGUCUAAAACCAAGUUGGUGGGCAAGGUGGUAGAUCUACAAGCCCUGGGAACUGCUCUGGUGCCUUAAUGCACCUCGUGAAGCCUGGGGCUCAGCCUCAUCUUGUCGCCUGUCUUUCAGGCUGGCUCUCUUGUGUUUCUUCUCUUGGUCUUUGGCAGCGGUGUCUCCAUCUUGGAGUUUUUCUUGGUUCUUGGUGUUUUGCCCCUUAGCUGAGCUGUAAGGCAGAAUUUGGGGGAGUGAGCAAUUUUUGACUUUUCCUGCUGCUUUUGGGUAACCUCUCACCUAAAGCCACAUUUUACGGCUUUGAAUUUUUUAAAAAUAAAAUAUGAUUCCUGGUUCAUUGUAGGUGUUUAAUAAGUGUUAAAUAAAUAAAUACAUACAUAGAACAAAUAGUGCCUGCCUUCCUGCUGCUUUUUUUUAAUUUAUAAUGUUGAGAUAAAAAUUAACAGAUUUUGUGGGUGCUGAGAUAAUGAAUUCUUUUUAAAUAAAAACAGUGAGAGAAAGUAUAUUAGUUCUGUGAGUCUUGAGAGAUUCAAAACAGGAUGAGACUUCCUUAGAAUCUUCCAUCAAUGGAAAUGUUUGCGUGAUGGAAGCCUAACUGCCCUGUUUUAUCUUAAGUCACUGUCUCCCUGAACUUACUGGAGUCAGCAUCUCAAGACUUACACUGGUUGGAUCCCAACCAUAGGGAGUUGGAAAACAAGAAGGAAAUAAGAAACAUGCCCCUGAAUUGAGAUGAGAAGAGGACACUUAUACCCUGCAGACUGCAAGGAAAGCCCUACAGAUAACUUCAUUAAGAUAAUGAUUUGCUGUUACUGAAUGCUGAGAAAAUCUGCACCUGAAAACAGAUUGCCCCACAGGUACCAAACAAGCUUCUGUAGAGAUUAGGGAGAUGCCUCGGAGUGCUUGCAGCCACAAAGUUGAUGUUCAGCAUUUGGACCUGACCAAGUCAGCAGACUUCCUCUUCAGUUUUUCAGGUUAGGUUUCCUUACACAGUCUGUAUAUGUGAAGGGACUACAGGUCCUCAUGUGCCACUUCCCAUGAGAAAUUUUCUUCAGGAGUUAGUUGUCAUUACCAAAAUGAUCUGCUUUUAUUAAAUGCUCAAGCAAAAUAGUCAUUGGAGAUUGCUGUAUGUGUGCACUGCUGCAAAUCAAAGCUGUGCAUAAGUAACCAGGCAGAGAUUUGUGCUGGAAAUUAUAUAUGUCCCUUGCAGAUCUAUGUAGAAAGUUCUAGAAGAACCUGUUACCAUAAGAAAUGGACUCACACGGUGUCUGAAUGGCAUUUGGAUUUUCCAGGUAUCGAUAAAUGUGGGAUAAAAGAAUGUUAUUUCAAAAUAAAUACAGUUUGGAAAAAAUAUUAAAUGGAACUUGAACUUAUGCAUAACAUUUUGUUAACAUUGGUAUUGAUCCGUGUUGUAAUGAAACCUUGGGUUUUGAAUCUCAGUCUAAAAUUAUAAUGUAAUCCUAAACAAAUUGCUUCACCUCUGGAUCUUUCAAUGAACUGGGCUAUUAAUCUUGCUUGGUUGUUUUUGCCACCUCGCUUUGUUUCUGAACACACCCUGUGCAAUUAUUCUCACAUCUUGACUGUUGGAUACAUGUAGGAAGGCCGGGCCUAAUAAAAGACAAGUACAA